AUGUCGACGAGCUCGACCAACUCCGCCGAGUCCCCGGCCGUGUCCGGCCUCGACUACGAAGACACCGCCCUCACCCUCGCCCUCCCCGGCUCCUCCUCCGACGACCGCAAGCGCGCCCACCACGACGAGCACGACAAGCCGCCCUCCCCAAAAGCGCGCGCUGUGGGGUGGCCUCCGGUGCGGGCUUACCGGCGCAACGCGCUGCGGGAGGAGGGCGCGUGCAAGCUCGUGAAGGUGGCCGUGGACGGCGCCCCCUACCUGCGCAAGGUGGACCUCGCCGCGCACGGCGGGUACGAGGUGCUGCUCCGCGCGCUCCACGGCAUGUUCGCCCCGUGCCUCGCCGUCCGCGGCGAGGGCGAGCUCGGGAGCAGGCUCGUGGACGCGGCCACCGGCGCCGAGUACGUGCCCACCUACGAGGACAGGGACGGCGACUGGAUGCUCGUCGGAGACGUCCCCUGGAAGAUGUUCGUCGAGUCCUGCAAGCGGAUCCGCCUCAUGAAGAGCUCCGAGGCCGUCAACCUAGAUGGUGAUUGCUGUGGAAACCAGUGGCAGUGGGAAUCUAUGUGCUUGGACAAUUUGGCACUCAAGUAA